CUGGAAGGUGAUUUCCGGUGACGCUUUUCCGUUUGCUCUCUGCCCAGAGCUGUGCGCCGCCGGGGUCGGUGAAGUUCCAAGAUGGCUGGACGAAAGCUUGCUAUGAAAGCCAUUGAUUGGGCAGCAUUUGGGGAGAUCAUACCUAAAAACCAGAAAGCCAUUGCUAAUGCCUUGAAAUCCCAUAAUGAAUAUCUUACGACCAGAUUGGCUACCUUGCCUGAGAAGCCACAAGCGAUCAACUGGGCUUACUACAAGGAAAACGUGGCCAAGCCUGGCCUUGUGGACGAGUUUGAGAAAAAGUUCAAUGAGCUGAAGAUUCCUGUGCCAGAAGAUAAAUUCACUGCCCUAGUGGAUGCUGAAGAACAGGAAGAUGCAAAACUUGGUGCUGAUUUCGUGAAAGCUUCAAAUGCUAGGAUUGCAGAACUUGAGAAAGAGAUGGAAAAGAUCAAGAAUAUAAUUCCUUUUGAACAGAUGACCAUUGAGGAUUUGAACCAAGCCUUUCCUCACACCACACUGGACAAGAAGAAGUAUCCUUAUUGGCCCCACCAGCCAAUUGAGAACCUCUAAAAUUGGGCCUCAGAGGAAGCCGUGGCCCUCCUGUCACUCACCCCUGAAAGCUAUAAUAAAGCAAUUGUACAGUCGUU